AUGAGCAUCCUGGUGCCGGUGCUGCUCACCCUCCUGGCGCUGCCGGGCAGCCAGGGCCGCACGGCCGCCCUGCUGCAGACCUCCAGGCUUCUGGAGGAGAGCAUCAGGCUGCUGAGCCACCUCCUGCGGAGCGAGGUUUCCUGUGACAAGAUGAAUGUGACAAAUAUUUUUGCAGGCGAUAAGGAAGAUGACAACAUCGAGAUCUUAUGCAAAGCCUCCACAGUGGCUUGGGAGAGCCGGAGCUGCCACCGGCCCCUGGAGGGCCUUUACCUCAAUUUGGUGGAAGUGGUCCAGAGGAAGAGCACGGUGCUCCAGGCACCAUGUCCCGUGGCAGCAGCCAACACUACUUCACUCCGUGAUUUCCUAAUGAACUUACACAGACUCCUCCAACGAUUAGUAAAAGACUAG